AUGGCAGAGUUUUACUUUCUCAAUACUGAACGAGGACAAGGUUCAGAGGAUGAUAUAUCGAAGACUUGCAGUAUCACAAUCUCAGCGUUAGUCAAAGCAUCUUUGAUACUCCUCAAGAGUCUCACUAAUGGCAGCAAUGGCUUCAAUGAUGAUGAAAUCUUCUGCACUGCUCAACUGCGGAGCAACUCAAAGGAGCUUCGUGGGGCAUGUCAACAGAGCACCAUUGAGGAGCCUUCGAGUCAACUGCAACACGCAGAUUCAGAAUCGAGAAAAGCCUCCCCAAUAAACGACAUUCCCUCUGCUUCUACUUCGACACAGUCCGCUCAAAUUCCAUUCAGAAGCUCGGCGGCUCCAGCACCCCAGAAAAAGGUUAGUACGAAGUUUGGUGACGUGUUCGCAUUCUCAGGGCCAGCACCAGAGACCAUCAAUGCCAGGCUGGCCAUGGUGGGGUUUGUUUCGGCGGUUGCAGUUGAAUUAGCCAGCGGAGAAGAUCUGGUGACUCGGCUCACCAGUGGAGGGUUGCCGUGGUUUGGUUAUAGUGUAGUCAUGCUGUCGAUUGCGUUAUUGGUACCCAUGUUUGAGGGAAUAUCGGCGGAGAGCGAAUCGCAGCCAAUAUUUUCAACCUCGGCAGAAAUGUGGAACGGGAGUUUAGCUAUGAUUGGCCUUGCGGCGUUGGCUGUCACCGAGUUUGUUAAGCGGGGCCCUCUUGUAUAAUUAGUUUGAUCUUCUACAAUUUCACGAGCCAAGGCGUGUGGAAGGGAAUGUCUACAAAUGAAAAUGCUAAAGCUUAAACUCUGAAACCUACUGUGCUAUAGAUAGAUAUGAAAAGAAAUUUCAAGUCUUCAAGAACAGAGCACGUUUCAAUUGUAAUUACGCCGAGAGGCAUCCCUACGGCGGCAGCCCGGCUGGAGAUUGCCCAUCCGUGUACAUAAAAGAGAAAGCUGCGGGAGUUACAAAGCAUGGAAUUGGAAACGAUUAAAUGAUUAUUGUAUGGUAUGUUAUGGAAUUGGAAGCGGAUUACUAACUGUAAGGUAUGGAAGUGCAAGAGUUAUUUAUAAUGGCAUUCUCGUUUCCAGUCAUUUAUAAUGGUACUCUCUUUGCUGUUGUUGAGAAAAUAUUGAAGAUCAAAUUCCGCGGGCUUGCACAAAGCUGCAUCCAGAUUAACUGCCAAAGAAUUCACAAAGAGUAGCGUUCCUAGAAGAACAUGAUAUCCUUCAAUAGUGCAACCCUCAUUAGAUAAAUGAGGAAGAAAAGAGAGGUGUUGAUGCGUGCAGAUAUUUCGACUUUUGCAAGUUUGAUUCAUCCAACAUAAAGAUCUUUAUGAAGGUUGCCAAUGAGGCCGACCAAAGAGCUAAUCAAGCCAUCCACUGGGCAAUCCAAGCCAACAAUGGGCUUCAAUGAGCUCUUACCCAGAUUGUUCUUUUUUUCUGAUACCCUCUGUUUUCCACCAAAUUCAUAUUUCUUUCUCUUGUGUUGUGAGGAUUUUUGCAGAUGAGAAAGGCAAAGAUGGAUGUUUGCAACUAUUUUUGUUUU